AGCAAACCUAACGUACCCUCUUCCGCGCCGCCAUGUCUGGGAGGAAGAAGACGCGGGAGCCCAAGGAGGAGAACGUGACGCUUGGCCCCGCUGUCCGCGAGGGAGAACACGUCUUUGGCGUUGCGCACAUCUUCGCCUCCUUCAACGACACUUUCAUCCAUGUGACGGAUCUGUCUGGAAGGGAGACGCUCGUCCGCAUCACUGGUGGCAUGAAGGUUAAAGCUGAUCGUGAUGAGUCCUCGCCUUAUGCUGCUAUGCUUGCCUCACAGGAUGUCGCGCAAAGAUGCAAGGAGCUUGGAAUUACUGCAUUGCACAUUAAGCUCCGUGCUACUGGUGGAAACAAGACCAAAACCCCUGGCCCUGGUGCUCAGUCUGCUCUUAGAGCUCUUGCUCGAUCUGGCAUGAAGAUAGGCCGUAUUGAGGAUGUUACUCCAGUCCCCACAGACAGCACACGCAGAAAGGGUGGUAGAAGAGGAAGGAGGCUGUAAUUUCGAGUCCUGACGUGGUGCCCUGUCAGAUGUAGCAGUUCAAGUCUGUCUGCAUCUAAUAUACUGAGUUAUUAGGUUUUGUAUCGAUUGAAGUUUUGAGUGAACUCUUGAAUGCUUACCAAUACUCAUUCUUGACAUGGCAUACAACAUAGCAGCACAAUUACAAGAGGCCCUACUGACUGUUUGUCUGUGUUUGAUCGGUACUGGGGAGCGGUGUCAACCUAUGGUUUCGGGUGACCCUAACAAUGGACAGCAUGUUCCUG